AUGCCAUUGUCUUCAGCCCCUAAAUUUAAGCUUCUCUUCAAACUCGGUGAAUAUUCAACAAAUGUAGAUCAAUAUAUUGAAGUUUGUCAAUAUCAAAAAGCAGCUCCAGGCGAUUUGGAUAUAUAUGAAUCUAUCACAAUUCCAUCUGAUAUAACAGAAGUCUAUAACAAAUUAACAUUUAUAAUGGUUGAUUCAGACACUUCUACCAUUCUUGCUUCAACUGCAUUGGAUCGACUUGAAAUAAUUCCAGAACUAACAGAAGAUGAAGUACAAAUAAACAACCACAAAGAUAAUAAUGGAAUUUAUUAUCUAGCAAACAAAGAUACUAUUAGCGGAACAAUCAAAUUUAAAAAUAUAAUUCAUAUCGAUGAUUUGAAAGUUUCAUAUGAUUAUAAUUUUAAAUCAGUAAGUGGUACUUUAUCUGCAACUGAAGGAGAGGAUAGAAAAGUUAAUUUUGAAAUCCCGUUAACAGAGUUUCCUUCCACCGGUAAAAUAAUAUUUGAAGGAAGUCGUUCAUCAGUUAGGGUUCCAAUAACAGUCAAAAAACUAGAUAUGACUGUUAAUGUUAACAAAUAUUUGCCAUUAACAGGAACGAUCGAUGGUAAUAUUCAGAUAUCAACAAAUUUGGAGUCAUCAAAUUCCCUUACAGUUGCUGCAAAAUAUGGUGAAUAUGAUGCAUCAACAACUAGUUAUAAUAUUGCCAUUGAUACUAAAAAUGCUGAACAGACUAUUCAAAUAGAUUUAGGGAGCAAAAUCACAUACAAUACAGAGGAAACAUUGCCAACAAAACUUACAUUUGUAAUAAUAACUGGAGGUGUUAUUGUUUCUCAUAAGACUGUUGAUUUUGUAAUCCUUCAAGAACCACAGAUUGAAUCAAUUACAGACGCUAGUAGCACACAUCAAUAUAAGACAAAUUCAAGGAUAAAUCUAAAUAUCAAAAGAACAAGAGCGGCAGCACUUGAAUAUUAUUCAUUCAAAUAUGAAUUUUCAGCUUAA